ACAAACUUAAAGGUUGCAACUUUCUCUCCUUAAUUACUCUCUCUCUCCCUCUCCCUUUGAACAUUUAUGCUGGUUUGGGACACACAUUAAGUUGAAGGGUAUUGCAGUAAGGUUCCAGAGAGUGGCUGAGAAAGGCAAUAAUUAAAAACUGGACCAGGGUGCAGAUUGUGGGAGAGGACCAACAUGAACUUGUCGGUUGUUCUCCAAGACAAAUUCUUCCAAGUACUACUCACCACUCAUUCUCAGUGCAAAACAACCUUCUCUGUUCCUUUCCUAGUUGGUUUUUAUGGGGCUGGAUGGGUGGUAGGAAACAACACUUUCUAGGCCCUCUUAACACCUUUUCCACACCACUUUCUGAUAAAUCAAGAUUAAGAUUAACAUCCCAGAUGUCUUUCUUAAUCGAUGUUAGUUCUUUCCGAGUGUGGUCGUGUUUUUUUUUUAGUUCCCUCCUCUCUCUUCCUUUGUGUCUCCCAAGGUGUUGCUGGUGCAAUUAAGCUUUCUUCUACUCAAAUCUCUAUAGCCUAAACUAGCCGCCGAGGUGAGUCUUAUACUUUUUAUUUGGGUUUCCUAGGGACCCCGCUUACAGUCUCAUUUCAUUAAAUUUCUACCAAUUUUUUUAUCCUUUUCUCUUUGUUUUUUCUCCAAAAAAUAAUAAUUAAACUAUUCUUUUCUUUCCAUAGCUAUAGUGGUGCUAUAUAAACAGUUAAAUCACUCAUUCACACUUACUUCCUUAGGCCUCUGAGAAAAGGAUUGAUUAGUGAAAAUUGGUUGGUGGGAUUAGCACCCAGAACGUCAAUGUCAGAAUAAGCAAAGUAAAAAGAAUAAUUGUGGGUGUGCUAGUAAUUAUAUCUUUGGUUGAGUCUGGUCUUCGAUUAGAUGGGAUGAAGUAAUUAGGGUUGAGCAGGCUACAGGAAGAUCCACAACCAUAAUUAAAGCAAAAAAUCACGAAGAUGAUGAUGAUUUAAGAAAGAUUAUACCGAGUCAUAAUUAUAGUAUAGAGGGUUGAGAUCAAACCUAAGCUAGAUCUUGGACACCUUCACAGAAUGGAAAUGAGAGGCCAAGAUAAGGAAAUAGAUAUACCAACCACUUUAGGUUACAACCUUCCCAACAGAGAUUCUUCUUCCUCAUCAUCCAAACUCUCUUCUCCAACAGGUGAAAGAAGUAGUGAUCAACCUCACACUUUAAUCUACAACGACCAACCUCAAUCUUCACACCCCCAUCAUCUUUAUCCACCUCCUCCUCCUCUUGCACCCACUCAACUUGCUCAAUCUCACAGACCCACAUCAGAUCCAGAUCUAAGCACCCCUCUUGGUACCACAUCGAAUCCUCCAAGAACAGCAACACCACAUACGACAACAACAACCUCUACCCCAUCGAUCAGGUACCGAGAAUGUCUGAGGAACCACGCGGCAAGCAUGGGAAGCCACGUGAUGGACGGUUGUGGAGAGUUCAUGGCAAGUGGAGAAGAUGGCACCCAAGAAUCACUAAGAUGCGCCGCUUGUGACUGCCACCGCAACUUCCACCGAAAAGAGGUUGAAGGAGAACAAUCACAACCACAACCACAACCACAACUUGUCCACAAUUAUCACAACUAUUACCCCAACAAAUACAACGGUCAUCUUCACUACCCUACACCCUCUUCUUCUCUCCAUCACCAUCAUAGAUUUUCCCAUGUGGUCGCCACUAACCCUACACCAAGUUUGGUUCCUCCAGUGAUGAUGGCCUUUGGAGGCCCAGCUGAGUCAUCAAGUGAAGAUCUCAACAUAUUUCAAUCAAACGCUGGAGCACAGUUAUCAGUGCAGGCACCACUGUCAAAGAAGCGGUUCAGAACUAAGUUCUCGCAGCAGCAGAAAGAUAGGAUGAUGGAGUUUGCUGACAAGAUUGGUUGGAAGAUUCAGAAACAAAAUGAGCAAGAGGUACAACAAUUUUGUACUCAAGUGGGUGUCAAGAGACAGGUUUUCAAGGUUUGGAUGCACAAUAACAAGCAAACAAUGAAGAAGCAGCAAAUGUAAGUCCUUCGCGAACAAACCUGGAAGAUGUACCCAAAUGAUGACAAAUAAACGAGGAAGAGGAGGAUAAUAAUUUCACCCUUCAGGCCUUCAGGUGUUUUUCCCCCCUCUCUUAUUUGAUAAAUUCGUACUUUUAAUUUGUUAAUGAUAUUAGGUACAUUGUGAAAGUAAAGUUCUUUUGUACGAAAAAGGGAAAUUCACCAGCCAUAUGAAAUGCGGCGAGGGUCGCAACAAUUAUUGAGCAAAACUUAGAAGUAAUAAGCUGAAUCGGUAUAUGCAACUUGAGGACAAUGUACUAUAUAUUAAAAUCUCCAUAUUUAAUGUACAUACUAGAUUAUGACAAACAUUUGUAUUGUGCAUUGACUAGGAGCAUUUUCAGAUCCGGAAUAAAAUAGUAUGAAAAGGCUUCUUUUCUCCCUUUCGUUUACGAAU